AGGUUUUUCCAAACCAUUGAGGCCAACUGGGAACAAUUAUGCAUUGAUAUAGAAACAGGGACAGUAUGGAACAAACUAAAUAUAAAAUCUGAAAUCCGUGCACAGUUAGAACCUACACUGUUCCCAGACCCGCUACGUGCAAAUCAACUCCGAACAGAAUUCAUGAAAGACAUAAGAGGUUUCCCGACACGAAUAUGGUCGGUGCCUUUCAUAUUCAUGAUUUCAACAGGAUCAUUCAGAAUAUACCAUGACAUCAUCCAAGAGAAGUAUCUUUUGUGGAAGAUCCCGAUAUUUACGACUCUGUUCGGUGCCUCUGAAGGACUCAUGGGAAUUUGUAUCGAUGAUCAUCUCGCCUUUACAAACUCAGCUUUCUUCGAGUUUAUUCCAGUGAGAUAUGACUUAGAAGAUGGGCAAAAUGGAUAUGAUGAUAAACCAUUGAGGAUACACCAGGUUGAAGUUGGGAAAUGCUAUGAGCUUCUGAUCACUAACAACUACGGACUCUGUAGAUAUAGGUUUGGGGACGUCAUCAAAAUAGUUGGAUACAAGAACAAGCUGCCACUAUUCGAGUUCCAAUACAGGACAGGCCAAAUGCUAAAUGCAAUCUAUGAAAAAACACCAGAGACAUCUUUUAUGGAGUCUGUAACUAAAACCAUGGAACAACUCGAGGGAGUAAGCUUAGUCGACUACACAGCCACGGAGAAUAUAAAUGUAGACAAACUCCGGGAGUGUAACAAUACAAAGAAACGCUACAUUCUUUUUCUGGAGACGUCCAGAAGUGACAAAGUUACAAGACUGAAUCCUGAACAGCUUGGUUUAUUCGACAAAACUUUAUGUGAAGUCUUUCCGCAAUAUGGGCGCAUGAGGAAUGAUCAGAUAAUUCAACAGAUGGAGGUUCUACUAGUCAAACCACAAACAUUCGAACAUCUUCGCAGUUAUAUGCUGCAGAAAAAUAGAAAGACAACGGCGUAUCAAUUUAAAAUGCCACGAGCAAUGAGAAACACAAAUUACCUGAAAUUUCUGCUUGAUAGACUCUUAUAAAUUAUAGUAUUGUGAAAUGAGUGGAACACCUGAGGUAAAGUCCCAUGAUUCAUUGACUCAAUGUUAAAGUCGCGCCUCUCUCCGAAACGCAAUCUUAGGUUGUUCCCGGGGUCCCUGGUAAUAUUUUAUACUUUAAUGA